AUGCUUGUCACUAAGUCUGUUCUCGUCGCCUGCCUAGCUUCCAUGGGCAUGGCAGCCGCCCUGCCUAUCAAGCGUGAUGAACUUGAUGGCGACUUAUACAACUACAAGCGUGACGAACUCGACGGUGACUUGUAUAACUACAAGAACAAGCGUGAUGAGCUCGAUGGCGACUUGUACAACUACAAGCGCGAUGAGUUAGACGGGGAUCUUUACAACUACAAGCGCGAUGAGCUCGAUGGUGACUUGUACAACUACAAAAACAAGCGCGACGAACUCGAUGGCGACUUGUACAACUACAAAAACAAGCGCGACGAGCUUGAUGGCGACUUGUAUAACUACAAGAGCAAGCGCGAUGAGCUCGAUGGCGACUUGUAUAACUACAAGAACAAGCGCGACGAACUCGACGGCGACUUGUACAACUACAAGAACAAGCGUGACGAGCUCGAUGGUGACUUGUAUAACUACAAGAGCAAGCGUGAUGAGCUUGAUGGUGAUCUCUAUAACUAUAAGCGCGAUGAGCUCGAUGGCGACUUGUACAACUACAAGAACAAGCGUGAUGAACUUGAUGGUGAUCUCUACAACUACAAGAGCAAGCGCGAUGAGCUCGAUGGCGACUUGUAUAACUACAAGAACAAGCGCGAUGAGCUUGAUGGUGACCUGUACAACUACAAGAACAAGCGCGAUGAACUUGAUGGUGAUCUCUACAACUACAAGAACAAGCGUGACGAGCUUGAUGGGGACCUCUACAACUACUAA